AGGAGAAGCUUCACGUGUGGGCUCUAUGCAGCUGCCACAACAUUUAGCUGGUUUAUAACCCGAUAUUACAAAUUAAUUAUCCAUCUUCAUAUAUCGACACAGGCACAGGAAAGACCAUGGCAUCCAGCUGUCGACGGCCUGAACACACAGCUCCUCCAGAUGUGUUCUACAAUGAAGAGGAGGCAAAGAAAUACUCUCAGAACUCUCGAAUGAUUGAGAUCCAGACCCAGAUGUCAGAGAGAGCUGUGGAGCUUUUGAACCUGCCAGAGGGACAGCCAUGCUUCCUGCUGGAUGUGGGGUGUGGCUCUGGUCUCAGUGGAGACUACCUGUCAGAGGAGGGACACUACUGGGUGGGAGUCGACAUCAGCACCGCAAUGCUGGAUGUUGCACUGGACAGAGAAGUAGAAGGAGACCUUUUACUGGGGGACAUGGGCCAGGGGAUGCCUUUCCGACCCGGGACCUUUGACGGUUGCAUCAGUAUUUCUGCCCUGCAGUGGCUGUGUAAUGCCGACAAGAGGACACACAGUCCUCCAAAGAGACUCUAUACGUUCUUUAGUAGUCUCUACUCUUCUCUGUCAAGAGGCUCACGUGCAGUUUUCCAGCUUUAUCCAGAGAACUCAGAGCAGCUUGAGCUGAUCACGACGCAGGCCAUGAGGGCAGGUUUCAGUGGAGGCAUGGUGGUGGAUUACCCCAACAGCAGCAAGGCUAAAAAGUUCUUCUUGUGUCUUUUUGCUGGAGUAGUAGGAGUCCUUCCCAAAGGAUUAGGAUCAGAGACUUCAGACAAAGCUGUUUCAAACCAGGUCCAGUAUUCAGGACAAAGAUGCCGGUUCAAAAACAUGAAGGGCAAGUCGGCGAAGAAGGGACGAGACUGGAUAUUGGAGAAGAAGGAGAGGAGGAGAAGACAGGGACGGGAGGUUCGAGCUGACACAAAAUACACUGGACGUCAGAGAAGACCUCAUUUCUAGCUGUGACUCAUGCAGCUGUUCCUUCUUUAGCCUCUUGUCUGUGCCACAACCCCCCUCCCCUCGCACACAGCCACCUCUGGAGCUCCAGAGUGUUUGGACUCGGUUAAUUUCUCAACUCUUUAAUUCAAGUGGAUAACAGAGAGCGAAAUGUAAGAGUGAAAUGCUACUACAGCCAAUCAGUUUUAUAUUUGGUUAAGUGUUUGGGAAAUUGUUUCUCACACAUGGUGGUAAGACUGCGCUCUCCACGUUCACGCACAACAAUUUUUGUAAAUUGUGAAAUAUCAUCCUCCAUUUCUGAUCAGCUGUUUAUUGUUUUAUCUGCAAUAUUUUCUCAAUUAAAACUACAAUAAUAUAGGCUUUUUUAUGAAUUUGCUGAUUUUUUUUUUUUUUUUUUAGACCAAAAUGUAGAAGAAAUUGAACAACUUGUAUGCAAACUUCACUGUCUCACAGUCUUAAGUUACAAAAACUGCUCUGUAGAGGGGGGUUUGUAACAUGAAAUACUGUAAUUGUGUAUGAUGUCCCAGAACAAACUGGCCGUUCAUUAAAUUAAUGAAGAUUACAAAAAGCGGAGCAGCAAUAUGUAGAUUUUUCAGCGUAAUUGAUUAUUGGUGUAAGUGCCUAUAUUACUGUACAAUUUUUUGUGUGACUGAUGGUUUAUAUAGCCCUCACACAUUACCACCUUUAACAUAAUGAGGACAUGUGGGCUGUUAAUAAGGUCAAACUACAGGAACCUAAAUCUAUUCUUAUAUGUAGAGCUGUAAAUGUAAGAAAAAUGUCAAAGGCACACUUGUGUAUUUGCAAUUUUAAGUCUAAAAUCCUGUUUUUUGCAGAAGAUUUUCAGAAUAAUUUGUGUUUCUUGCUUCUGCACCUCACGUUUCCGACAGAGGUCGCUGUGCGCUUUGGCACAAUACGAACCAGUUGGGCGUUAUCUGAGAACCUGCUCAAUCAAUAACCAAAUCCAGCACAAUUUCAGCCUCAGCCUGCCUGUCUGGGCU